AUGAUGGUCUCCCCUAUCUUCUCCCUCUCCUCUCAGUACCGCCCGCAGGACUUGACGGCUCUGGCCACCGACGCAGCUUUUGUGCUCCUCGGACUGAAGAGCGGAAAAGUGCAGAGACUCGACGUGAACAACCCUGCUGAGAUCGAGACCAUUCCUGUGGUCAAGCCCAAGUCGCUCUCGGAUACUAUUACCGCCGUCUUUCUCUCGCCGACCUCGGCUCACUCGCUCAUCGCCAUCGGCAACGGCGACGUCUACUACCUCGCCCGCUCGUGGACAAAGCCGGUCAAGCUCCGCUCGCUGCGGAACCUCUCGCUGGCAAAGGUGGCAUGGAACCCGGGAGAGAACACCGACGCUACUGGUGAGUUUCUUCUCGCCUCGAGCACGGGAGACAUGUACACCAUCUCCAUCUCGCACGUCAAGGCCGGCAAGGUUGAGGAGAGCGCCACGGCCAUCUACUCGGUCCGCGCCGAGGUCACUGGCCUGCAUCUCGAACGGCUUCCGUCGGGUGCGCUCUUUGUCCUCGUCUCGGACCCGAUGCGCCUGUUCAACUUUCUCGGCCGGCCCGGCGAGACACUGACCGAGCUCCCGGGCGACACCUCGACGCUUGCCGUCUACCGCGGGCCGUACGAGUCGGCAUCGUCGUCGUUUGCCUGGGCCACCUCGCUCGGGGUGUACCACGGCGGGCUCUCGUUUGCCAACUCAUCGGACAACGUGCUCACCUCGCCGUCGCUCCUCGAGUACGGCCGCGGCUCGCUGCUGGUGGAGAAGGACAUCCACGUCCCGAUCGCCAUCACCAUCACCGAGUUCCACUUUGUCCUCAUCUUUGACCACUGCUGGCAGGCCAUCUCGCGGCUCUCCGAGGAAGUGGUGGAGGAGGAGCUCUUCCACUCGGGCUCGGGCCGGGUUCUCGGCGUCGCCACCGACGCCUCCACCAGCUCGCACUGGGUCUAUGCCUCGCUCGACGUCUUUGGCCUCAACAUCGACGACGAGUCGCGCCACGUCUGGCGCCUCUACCUCGACAAAGGCCUCUACGAGUCGGCGCUCGAGUACGCCCGCGAAGAUGCGCAGCGCGAUGAGGUCCUGCUCGAGCAGGGCAAGCACUUUAUGGCCAACGGCCUGCCCGAGCUUGCCGCUGCCGCCUUUGCCCGCGUCUCGGGCGCUGCCUUUGAGCAGCUCGCUCUUCAGUUUGAGGCCGACCCACAGGCACUCUCGACCCUUGUCCGCGUCCGCCUUCGCGAGACGCCGUCGUCGGACGCCUCACAGCGAACGGUCCUCGCCUCGUGGCUCCUCGAGCUUCUUCUUGCCCGCCUCGACGACGCCGGCGACGCCGACGCCGCGACCGAGUUUGCCGCUUUUCUGGACGGGUAUGCGUCGGUGGUUGACCCCAAGACAACGUACGACAUCAUCGCCUCGCACGGCCGCCAGCCCGAGCUCCUUGCCUUUGCCGAGGCCAUCGGCGACUACGAGAAGAUUGUAGUCCACCACUGCGAGGCAAGCGACUACAGUGCCGCGCUGCAGGUCAUCAUCCGGCGGACUCGCCUUGCGCCUGAGCAAGGCAUUGCCCUGCUCCUCAAGUCGGCGUCAGCGCUUGCGUCGCGCAUCUCGGGCCCGCUCGUUGACGCCUUUGUCUCGCUUCUCCCGUACAUCGACUCGGUCGACGCGCUCAUCCCGGCGCUCACCCGGUGCGCGCCGAGCGACGCGCUCCGGUUCAUCUUCCACACCACCACGGUCGAGCCGCCGAUCGACUCGCGCGCCCUCUCUGACCUUGCGCUCCAUCUCCUCUGCGCCUCGGGCGACGAGACAAGCCUCAUCCGCUACCUCUCCUCGGGCGUCGAGUACAACGUGCCGCUUGCGCUCCGGCUGACCCAGCACCACGAGCUCGCGCGGGCAUCGGUUGUCAUCCUUACUUCCAUUGGCCAGUUUGCCGACGCUGUCUCGGCCGCCCUCGCCGCCGGCGACCUCGAGGUUGCCCGCGACGUUGCCACCGACAUGGACCUGGUCAUGGGCGCGACCGACGACGUCGACGUCGAUGCCAAGCCGACGCUCAGGGUCUGGCUCGAGAUUGCCAAGCACGUCCUCGCGCCCGCGCACAUUCUCGCCGACGCCGACCGCUCCACCCUCGAUCCCGAGUACCUCGCCAAGCUCGAGAACGCAGCCCGACAGGCGGUCGACGACGCUGUCCAGCUGCUGGAGACCUCGAUUCUCCGCAUCGAAGACCUCGGCGAGCUGCGGUCGGUCAUCUGCUCCUCGCUCGAGGCGUACGACGGCGAAAUCGCCCAGCUGGAGCGCGACAUGACCGACGCCACCGCUGCCGCCGAGGAAAUCCGCACCAAGGUCACCGACUCGCGCCAUAGGUUUACCUACGUCCGUGCCUCGUCAUCGUGCGCGCAUUGCCACCUUCCUCUCGCCACCGCCGACCGCUACGCCUUUGGAUGCUCGCACGUCUUCCACGCCCACUGCAUGGUGAGCGUGGCGCUCACCACGGCCUCGCCCUCGCUCCGCAGCCACGUCCGUGAGCUCGAACGCGCCGUCGAUGCCGCACGCGCCGCCCUCAUCGCCCCGUCCGCUACCGCCAACGACGCCGCCGCCAUCGAGGCCGCCUACGAGGCCGCCCGCGACGACUACGACUCGAUCGUCGCGCGAGAGUGCCUCCUCUGCGGCGAGCACAUGAUCGAUACCAUCGACCGCCCAUUCGACCUUGCUGCACAAGCCGAGUGGCGCCUGUAA